GGUGAAUUUUCACUAAAUCACCUUCACUGUCCCAUGGACUGCCUUUCCUUCACAGGGAAACUACCCCAGUAAUAUCAGUGCAUUGACCGAACUCAUCGGAGAAGUACAGUGAAAGUGUUGACGAUUGGUAGCUCGUCAUGAAAUGAACUACAACCUGACGUUGUGACUCACUCCCACUAGUUUGGAGUUCUUCAGGCAAAUAUUACCUCCGCCUCCACUUUUACUUCCAACUGAUCUCAUUUCUUUCCAGUCACCAUCACAAUUGCCAUGAGCACCAACCACAAGGCCACUGCUUUUGCAUUUACCUACAUGAUCUGCUCGACAGGCAUCAUUUUCACCAACAAACUGGUCCUCACCACCUACGCCUUCCCGUCCUUCAUCUUUUUGGCAUUUGCCCAGACAGUUUUCACCUUUCUACUCAUUCAGCUGUGUUUUUCUGGACACCUGCAACAAACGGAGCUGCGGCGAGCAGUUUUCAAGAUAUUUCCUCUCGCGUGCUUCUACGCCACAGACAUUGUCAUGGGCAUUGCUGGCACCGGUAGUCUGAGUUUACCAAUGUUUUCUGCGUUGCGACGGCUGUCCAAUCUUUUCAUUCUGAUUGGAGAACACAUCUUCCUCGGCAUUGUACGAACAGCAUCGGUGUACGGAUCCGUGAAUGCCAUGGUGUUCGGAGCUGUGAUCGCCGCGAUAAGUGACAUCACCUUCGACCCGAUCGGGUAUGCCUACGUACUAGUGAACAAUGUGAGCACUGCGUCUAAAGCACUGCUGACCAAAUCACGGCUCAGGGAUCAGGGAUUCUCCAGCAUCGAAUUGCUUUACUACAAUUCCGGUCUCAUGAUUCCUUUCUUGCUAUUGAUCGUGUGCGUCCAAACAGACCUGCCAGAAGUGUUCAAUUUUCCUGAAUGGUCCAAUCCCCUGUUUCUGCUUUGUUUCAUCUUCUCGUGUUGUUCCGCCGUGUUGCUCAACUACUCCCUUCUACAGUGUACGCAUUACACUUCGGCUCUGACCACCAGCGUUAUGGGUGUUGUCAAGAAUGUCCUCGUCACCUAUGCAGGAAUGUUUGUUGGUGGCGAUUACAUCUACACCCCGAUGAACUUUAUCGGAGUUACGAUCAGUGCCGCCGGCGCUAUCCUCUAUGUGAUCGCCGUGUACCGCCAAAGUCGUCCAGUCGCAGAAGCGUCAACAGAAGGCGUCAAGUGUUCAGUACCACCAACAGACCCAUUUGCCAAGCAGUAGUCGACCUCCAGACAAGCAGUUGCAGGAAACACUACAUGAUCGCAGUGUUUAUGUCCCAGUCCAUGAUAUCUGUAGUCCCCCCCCCCCACCCGCGCUCCAGGUCACUAUUGCACUCUUCACACUUUUCUAUUUUUUCUAUCACACUCGAGUUGUUGUUGUCAGUGAGACACAUAGUUUGUCCUUUUUUGUGACUAACCAUGGCGAACCCGCCGACUUUCUUCGACCUGUUUUCCCACGUUCCUAUGCAACUGAGUAUUUGGCAGAUGGAUACAAGAUUUUUAUUUCCUCA